UGAUGCUGCUUGUGUGUUUCCACGCUUUCACAUGUAAAUAAUUUCUCUCCCAAGAUUAACUGUUUUUACUGAAAGACCAACCUUGGAAUUCAUUUUUAGAGAUAUACUUCAAUUUGAGGGAAUGCAGAAAGAAAUGACAGAAGAACUGGCAUGAUGGAGCAAGAACAACCCGAAGCUAAUGCUUCUAACUCAUUAAGCGACUUACUUCAUGAAGAACAAAGACCCCUUGGUUUUGACUCUGAGCUACUUGGUGGGGAAGUCGAUGCUGGACCGCAAGUUUCUUCUCACGAACAAAUGAAUCAAGAGCUAUUAAUUCAAUUUGAUGAGGACAAAACAGACACUCGUGGCAUUUUACAACCUCAAAGGGUUAGCACUGGUGCAGAAGGAUACCCAGACGACGAACAUCAUCAAGUGAAAGGGAACAGUUAUCUUGAUCAAAAAAGUGGCACUGCUGCAGAUAGUGAAGAAAGGAAGCCCCAGAGUGUCAUAAUUGAUUAUGACGAUGGUUUUGGCGCAUAUACUGCUACUCCUGCGGCUGUCGUUAAUGAUGAUGAUGAUGAUGAUAAUGAUGAACAUAAGAAUCGUUAUGUUUUAGAUCCUCAAGAGCUCAGCAUCCAUGUUGGUUCCGAAGCAGACGUCGGAUUUGAUGUACUUGGUAAUCGCUACUUUCCUCAGUCACAAAAUAAUGAAGAAGAGUCUCAGCAAGAGCCACCUGAGCUGUUGUUUGGACCGGACGAAGGAACUGAUUAUAUGCGUCACGCUGAACCCUCUCCGCCAGAGGCUGAUUUAGAUAUUGAGGGAGAAGCUCCUGAACUACAGUUUGAACCAGACGUUGAUGCAGCAGAGGCUGACUUAGAAACUGCAAAGGAAUCUAAUGAAUUGCAGUUUGAACCAGACUUUGCAGGUCAUGGUAGUGAUGACGACUCAGAUCUUUACAAUCGUCAAUCUCAACCUUUUGCACCAGAGGAUGACUUAGAAACUGCUCAAGAUUCUCCUGAAUUGCAGUUUGAACCAGACGAUGCUUCAGGUAACGAUAGGGAUGGCGAUCAAAACCAUCGCUACAUUCCUCAUUCGCAACCUUUUGCACCAGAGGAUGAAUUAGAAACAGGCCAGGAUUCUCCUGAACUACAGUUUGAACCAGACGUUGCUGCACCAGAGGAUGACUUAGAAACUGCCCAAGAUUCUCCUGAAUUGCAGUUUGAACCAGAGGACGAUGAAAACCAAUACAUUCAUCAGUCUCAACCGUCAGCACCGGAAGCCGACUUGGAUGCUCAGUUUUUUGUACAGCAUUCGGAUGAACGUGAUGAUGAUGUAAGUGCUGCUGCUGCUGCUGCUGCUGCAGCUGAUGAUGAUAAUGAUGAUAAUGAUGAGGGUAAUCAGCAUGUUCCUGAGUCACAGCGCGUUGCUCAUGAUGCGGAACACGACCCCUCUGAAAUGCAGUUUCAACCAGAAGAUGAAAAGAUUGAUGACUACUACUUCACACAGUCUCAGAACAAUGCCCAAGACGUCGACCAAGAUACUGCUGCGCUGCACUUUGAACACGAAGAAGCAGUUGAUUAUAGAGAUGAAUAUGAUGAUGAAUAUGAUGAUGAAAAUCCUUACGCAUCUCAGUCACAUGAUGCGAAUGUCGAGGAGGUAACUCCUGAAAUGCAAUUCCAACCAGAUUUUGCAAUUUAUGCAGCUGCAUCGCAUGAUAAUGAUGAUGAUGACGACGAUGAUGAUGACGAUGAUGAUGGAAGUCACUACACUUCUCAGCUACACAAUGCUGCUCAAGCGAGUGUCGAAGACGUUACUCCUGAACUGAAUUCCCAACCGGAUGAUGAUGAUAAUGAUGAUGGAAGUCACUACACUUCUCAGCUACACAAUGCUGCUCAAGCGGAUGUCGAGGAAGUUACUCCCGAACUGCAUUCCCAACCAGAUGAUUCUAUUUAUGAUGCUUCAUCGCAUGAUAAUGAUUAUUACUAUGAUGAUGAUCAUGAUCAUGAAGAAGAUUUUGAUCGCCAAACUCAUCAGAUACAUAAUGUUGCUCAAGGGAAUGUCGAGGAAGAAUCUCCCGAAUACAACCAACAACAGAGAUCUUAUUAUGAAGAAGAAUACGAUGAUGAUGAUGAUGAUGAUGAUCGUGUCAUCAUCGGCAGAAGUGCAGUUGAAGCUGAUCAUGAAGCCAUCCAUAAUGAAGAUUACCCUAGAGUUCUUAUCAAGGGGAUAUUGUCCGAAAGUGACGAACAGUACGCUGAGAACGCAUACGAAGAAGAGAAUGAAGAAGAGGAGGACGACACUGAUGUUGCUAUUGAUAUUCGUGACAACACCAAUGUCGAGGACCAGUUUAUUGAAUUUGAGGAUACUUCGUUCGUUGAGUCUGCUGUAGGCGGUGUUAUGGACGAUUCUGGACUGAAUGAUGAAAAACAUGGACUACGGGACGAUAGGGUAGAUGAUGAACUUAGAGCAGCAGGGGAAGCAGAUGAUGUUGGUGUGAAGGGUGGUGGUCAAGGGGCAGCAGUGGCAAAAACAAACAGAGUGAGAUUCGCAGACGAAGAAGACGAGCAUCAGGGAUCAACAGGGGAAACAGUAGUUGGAGCCGAUGAUGAUGGUGAUAAUGAUGGUGUUCAAAGACCAAAAGUGGCAUCCACAAGUAGAGUGAGAUUUGCAGACGAACGAGACCCUGGUGACAAAUAUCCGCCCCCUUCUGGUGAUGCCAAUGGUGACGACUACCACAUAGUUCCUGGUUCUUCAAACCAACCAUCGUACGACGUCUAUGAUCACAAUAACACAGAAAAAUCCCUUGAUAUGCUUCUUCUUGAAGAAGUCUGCGAAGAAGCCGCAAGCAUGACUAUCAAAGAAGCUCUCGUACAUUCCUUGAAGCCUAACGUCAGGGCAGGCCUUUCCACGGCACACUUAAAACUCUCCGAGUCCGAAGUUUUGGUUCUCGAAGAAUACUGUGAGGAUUUUGUCGGUGGACUUAUCAAGGAUCUCCUCAAAAGAAGCUCAUUGAUGGAGCUUUCAAAUAAGACCAAACAGACUGUGGUUAAGGCAUCAGUGAUUAAGGCCACUGCAAAGCAUCUGAGCACGAUGGAAGUCCAACAAUUGAAAAUAUACUGCGAUCAUUUUGUUCAUAAUGUCAUUGCAGAGUCAAUUAUUGAUUCUAACAUGAUAGUAGCGAGACAACAACACCAGGCAGAAGAGAUCAAGGAGCUAUUACAAAUGUUCCAGAACUCUGAAGAAAUGCAGGAAUAUUUCACGAAUUUGACGACGGAUAUUGUACGAACGGCUUUGCUGAACGUCACAGAGAAAGACGAUCUGGAAGAAUACAGCCAGGACAAGAAGCAGCCCAUUGGAUCGAGUGAGUACGAACCGACAGAUUUUUCGGAACAGAGAAGCUAUCCUGAUGAAGGUCUUGAGUUUGAGAACCAAGAAGAUGACUUUGAUUUUGACAGCAGUCAUAGUUUUGGGUUCCCUGUGCACGGCGAAGGAUCAGCAGAAUAUCGAAGAUCUAAAUCCCAGGACUCUUGGACAUCAGAAGACGAGGAUGAAAUGGGUACCAAUGUUGGUGGAGGGAGACAAAGGAUGAUAGAGAGAUCACCUGGGGAUAACACGUUUGAAUUUGAUGAGGAAUGGGCUGAGGGUGUCAUUGGGAAGAUUGAGCCCAUGGGAGAUGGAGAAAAGCGGCAAAAGAUUUUCAUGCGAGAGUUGGAAUUUGAUGACCGAGCUAACGUCGGGGGGACUGAGCUCCUCGCCCCAGUCUUCUUGGCUGUGGCCGAAGACAAUGAAGAUGACACUGAGUUUGAAGGUCUGCGAAGAAAAACCCAGUCAAUCGAGGAUUUGUGUGAUCUUAUCGAAGAAGAAAUGGAACCCCCGAGAAAAAGAGCCAGCAGUCUCACCCAACCCAAGAAAAAGCCUCGUAAGAAGCCGCGACCCAACUCAUUCCGCGAACAGAUGGAGGAACUAAAGAGAGAAGCAAUCAACGAAAACAUACCAAAUGCUGAACCUGAGGAAGAAUACCCGACCACAUCCUCUGAGUUGCCCAGUAGCCCCAAAACAGAAGAGGAACACCCAUUUAACGCAUACGACGACGAUCGAUACCGCUGGCACACAAUUCGCGUUAACAACCGUGAAAAAGUUUUGGACUUAAAACUUCUUGAACCCUAUAUGAAAGUCAUUACACACGGAGGUGUCCACAUGCCAUCAAGAGCUGUUAUCGUUGUCAUAGCAGCGUGUUAUCUUCCAGACAAGACAAAGAAGAAUUAUAAUUUCUUGAUGGAGCAACUUUUUUUUUAUUUAAUAAGCACUCUGGAGCUCCUUGCUACAACAGACGAGUACUUCCUGGUGUAUUUUAAUGGUGGUACUACACAGGGUAAUCAGCCAGCCUUGCCCUGGAUGAAGCGAUUCUACCAGCACAUCGAGGGAGGGUUAAAGAAGAAUAUGAUCAACAUGUAUAUUGUUCACCCCAACUUUUGGCUCAAGACUGUGGUCAGAUUCGCUAAAGCCUUCGUUGGAACGAAUUUCUGGAGUAAGUUACAGUUUAUCAAAUCACUGGACGAACUCUCAACGAAGAUUCCUGUCGAGUUUAUAUAUGUCCCCGAUGAAGUCAUAAGAAUACUAUGAAGAAUACGAUGACGACAACAUGACGUCGACGAUGACGAAGACGAUGACUACAAUGACACUGAUGAUGACGAUUGAAGUUUCUGUCGCCGAAUAUGGUGUUCCGGGCUUGAAGUACAUAGAACGUUUCAAAAAGAAAAAAACUUUACCGGGCAUUAUUCGUAUUCUAGGUGUGAUCCCAAGUAUAAGCGAGUGCACAAUCUAUGAAAGGAAGAAUUCUGGCAAGGCAAGUGUUGUACUAGAAUUGGUAUGGUGCUGACCAAAAGGAAUGAAGGCACUCGGGACAGGGCUAUUUAAAUUGUGAAUUAAAAACGUACCGAAAUUUGUUGCCAGUAUACUUAGGCCUAGGGCAAACGUUGAACUUUCCAUGCACCGAACUCAUUAAAAACAAUGGAUAUCAGGUGAUAAUGAGGCGGCAUUCUUUGAUGUAAUUAAGUUCGGUGCAUGGAAAGUUUGACGUUUGCCCUAGGCCUUAGAUGCUUUGAUCUACUUGCCAAGGAUAAAAUGAGUGUAUAAAGCUGACAUUUAUGUAACAAUUCUAAUUUAAAUUUUUCGUUAAGCAGACAUACGAAAACAGGCUAGGUUACCUUUCAAAAUGGCCUUCAUUAUUUAAGUAUUUAAUUAAGCUUAACUUUCAAAAGUUUUAUUUUAAAAUGUGCUCAAGCUAGUUAUCUCAAUUAAGGUGCGAAAAACAUGAUAAUUUAAAUUUGGAGUAUUUGAUAUCUAGGAUAUUAUUUAAGAUACGCGGAUUAAUCAAAACGUGUUGUAAAAGUUACUUAAGAGCUCCAUUCUUCUUGGUCGGCGUCGUUUCUUUUUGCUGACCAAGAGGAACGAGGGCUCCGGGUACGAAUUCUUUACUUAACAGUUCUAGAAGAACUUGAACGUGGAUCUUUUUAGAUAAAUAUUAUUUAAAAUGUAGAAACUGUAUUUGAAUAUAGGGGAAAAUUCGUGAAAAUUGUAAGUAGGUAGUUAAGUAGAAUUAGCCUAAAUUUGAACUUGCAACAGGAAGCCCACUAAAUAGAUUUGCUUUCGGUGGCUUCCAGAAAGCACUCGAUCACAGUAGCUGCUCUCAAGCGAAACUCUCCUGUUUGAUAAAGGAGAGUAGCAACUUGGUUGCUCUCGAUCCCA